AGUCUCCAGAACGCAAGAGAAUUCUCGAGAAGCUGCUUUCCUCUCCAUCCUUAUCAUUCCCCGCCGCAUAUAAAAACGCAAUUGGCUCAUCGGACAGAGACCCACCCAAGCAAGAGAAAAAGGCAGCGACUGGUCGAAACCCAAAGCUUCCACUUCGCCCCCAAUUCGCGAAACUACACAGCAGUCUGCAGUGAGUAGCGCCACAUCCAACCGACGAUGUCGCUGAUCCGCCGCAGCAACGUGUUCGACCCCUUCUCGCUCGACCUCUGGGACCCCUUCGACGGCUUCCCCUUCGGCUCCGGCAGCGGCAGCAGCAGCGGCGGCAGCCUCUUCCCGUCCUUCCCCCGCGGCCUCUCCUCCGAGACGGCGGUCUUCGCCGGUGCGCGGAUCGACUGGAAGGAGACGCCCGAGGCGCACGUGUUCAAGGCGGACGUGCCGGGGCUGAAGAAGGAGGAGGUCAAGGUGGAGGUCGAGGACGGCAACAUACUCCAGAUCAGCGGCGAGCGCAACAAGGAGCAGGAGGAGAAGACGGACACGUGGCACCGCGUCGAGCGCAGCAGCGGCAGGUUCCUCCGCAGAUUCCGCCUCCCCGACAACGCCAAACCCGAGCAGAUCAAGGCGUUCAUGGAGAACGGCGUGCUCACCGUCACCGUGCCCAAGGAGGAGGCCAAGAAGCCCGACGUCAAAUCCAUCCAGAUCUCCGGCUAGAUGCCAUCAUCAGCUCGUGUGCGAUCGGUGAGGAGCACGGUGGGGUUUUGCUUUUGCCUGCUUUGUCUGUUCUGAAGGAGCAAUAAAAAUCGGGUCCGGCUGAGUCCAGCGUGUGUUUCGUUGUCUAUACCGUCUACGAUGUGUAUCGCGUCGUGUCGUGUACGCUUGUGUGAAAAACUCAUGGGCUGUUUGAGUCACUGUGUGGGUUCUGCUGGUGAGCUCAGUUGUUGCUCCGUGCUCCGUUCACCAGUGUCUGUACCGAUCUUUCGCGAUGAGUGGUCUGUUGAUAUAUGAUCCUAGUUAGUAA